CCAUCAAAUUUGACAGUUAUUGACACUUUUUGUCACCAAUUUGAAAACAGUUUGUGAUAAUUUUACUUUAUUUUCUCGAUUUGUUUCGAUUAAUUCCUCACAACUCAUCUAAAUCCAAUACCAUCAAUGGAUUUUCAAGAUGACCUGACUUUGAACGUUUUUACUGGACCAACUACGUACUUGAAUGAUUACAGGAGGUACCAUGGGGUUCAUAGAAUCGUUCCUGAUUACUCAAGGGCAAAGUUUGAAGAUCCCAUUCGAAAACCACCCCCUUCUAGUAUGAUUGAUCUUGAAACCUACAUACCCCUUCGCAAAAAAAUACCAAUGGAUUUGAUGAUACAUCCCAAUGAAGUCACCAGGUCCAAUCCCCAUAGAGAAUUUGGUGACACGGUUUUACCAGAAGACGAGAGGAAGGCUGAAAUUAUAAAGACUCGACCAAGAGUUUCCUGUUCACCACAAGUGAGCAUGGACGAUAUAUCUGAUCCAGGGAUGAAGAAACUGCUGAUGGACUAUUCAUACACAACAGACUUCAGAAAGGCUGAACAGGAACUACUCACCAUGGUCAAUAUCGAGUUCAGGCCUGUACCUAACACUGUUGUCGAACAUGACAGAUUUUUGGCAAAAACCAGGAAACACUACUUCUCUGUAUAUUACAAGCCUAAACCUUUAAUUCUGAUAGAAAUGUCACCGGAACUCAACAAAAAAGGUAUGAAGUGGACCAAUGAACAACUUGUUGGAACUGCUAAUGCAAAUGAGCUCUUCUGGCAAAACAAAGACGUUAAAUGUGGAGCUUGCUAUGAUCCCCUGAUGAAUUUAGUGGAGACGAAGACCAAGGAUAAAAUAAGUCAGUUGAUUGAAAAGGAUUGGAUAAGGAUGCCUCACGAUAAACAAACUGCAGGUUAUGCAGGCUUCACACCUGAUAUAGCCGUUGGAAUGGACAUCGCGAAAAAAGACUUACCUUGUGCCCAUCCACUUUUAUCCACAUCCCAAGUUGUGGCUAGGAGAAAGCUGAAAGACAGCGAUAUUCCCAAAUUCAGCUAGAAUGUGCUGCUAUAUAUAAUCCUGAAUAAAUUGCUCCUAGCGGA